GAGACCCUCGCAGAGACAUGGGCCCCUCAGUGACCUCGGCUCCUGGUGGAUUGGGACGGCGUGACAUUUGGUAUGCCAUCCAGCUCUGAAGUCCUGGCGAGCGUCAUCGGGGAACGCAGUUCAGACGAGUGGAAGGACAGCCACCUACUGAGGAUGUCGUCCAAGCCGGCCACCUCUCCGUUCACGUGUAGAGCUGAUGGAGAGGAGGACAUGACCGGAGAGCUGGCCUCGCGGGAUACGGAUGACAACGACGAAAUGCACCACGUUCCCCACCUGCCGCUGCACUCCCUCCUACACAACAAACCUCACCCCGAGGAGCUCUCCACCCUCGUCACAAGCAUGCAGACCGACGUUGACUGGGACAGUAUGAUGUCACAGCAUAGAAUGGACUCAGACAGCAAUAAACUGCGCUCCCUCUAUUCCUUCCGAACCACGUCUACCUCACCACACAAGCCUGACGAAGGAGCUCGCGAUCUAAUGAACAGUGUUAAUUUCGGGACGCCGGAGAGACGCAAAGGCAGCCUGGCGGACGUGGUGGACACCCUGAAACAGAAGAAACUGGAGGAGAUGACGAGGACGGAACAAGAGGAUUCUUGCUGCGUGGAGAAACUGCUUUCUAAAGACUGGAAGGAGAAAAUGGAACGACUAAACACAAGUGAACUGCUGGGGGAGAUUAAAGGAACCCCGGAAAGCUUAGCGGAGAAGGAACGCCAGCUCUCCACUAUGAUCUCUCAGCUGAUCAGCCUCCGGGAGCAGCUCCUGGCCGCCCACGACGAGCAGAAGAAACUGGCCGCUUCACAGAUAGAGAAACAGAGACAACAAAUGGACCUCGCCCGACAGCAACAGGAACAGAUUGCACGACAACAGCAGCAACUUCUGCAACAGCAACACAAGAUCAACAUCCUACAGCAACAGAUCCAGGUCAGAGUCCCUCCAUGUCCACCCAGCAGAGGGGAUUUGGGGGUGGGGAUGUUUUAA